AUUAAACUGAAUCUCAUUAAAAUUAAUAAGAGGAAAAAAAUAAAUAAAAUAAAAAAAAAAUCAAGAAAGGAAGAAGAAGAGAAUUCAGUUCAUUAAUUCCUUCGUAUAAUAAGAUAUUCAACCUCAAUGUUGGUGUUGAUACUGAUCAAAAAUCAAUAAAAGUGCAAAAAUAAAUCUUUAAAAAAAAUGUGUCGCCUAUGAAAAUAUCAAGGAAUUACGCAAAACAGGAUUAAAGUACUUUGAAAAUGUGGCUUCGAUACAUCACAUUUUUGCUGUGCAGCUGCCUGUAUCAAGGCAUCACCAGCUUAAAAAUGAUCAAAUUCAGCAUUCCCCCGUACAAGCUAAGGAUGGAUUCCGCACUGCUCGAGUGCCAGUUCGAGAUGAAUGGCAAGCCACACAGCAGCACUUACAACACGCGCAAUCAUCACAGCGUCUACGAGCAACAUUUCGGCGGCGGCGGACACAACUACGACAGCAGUGAGCAAGGCGAAGAAGAAACGCUGUAUUCCGUUAAAUUCUACAAAGAUAACGAGGAAUUUUACCGAUUUAUGCCAAAAGCGAGUCCGCCGCAACACAGUUACCGUGUGGAAGGCAUCAAAGUUGAUCACACAAUGUCAGAUAGCUCACGCGUGAUGCUACGAGCACUGACACUCAAGUCAUCCGGGCUCUAUCGGUGUGAAAUAUCAGCUGAAGCACCGAGCUUCGCCUCCGUUCAAGCCGAAGGACGCAUGGAAGUUGUGUUUCUUCCGAAAGACGGUCCUCACAUCAGUGGAGAGCAACAGCAGCAGUAUCAAAUUGGUGAUUAUCUGAAUUUAAAUUGUACCUCAGGGAAAUCGCAUCCCGCUUCUGUUCUUCAGUGGUAUAUCAAUGAUCAACCGGUCACAAAUCCCGACUACUUGAUCGAAUAUCCGCCAAUCCAGCACAGCCAUGGUCUCAUAACGACAGCACUGGGCCUCAGUAUGACUGUUGAACCGAGGCACUUCAAUCGCGGCACAAUGCAUGUCAAGUGCGUCGGUGACUUGGCGCCCGUGCUGUGGCAAAAGGGCAGAGAAAGUGUCGUGCAACGAAGGCCCGAUCUGAUAGAUGCGAGAGAAGCAAUGUUGUUAGGUACCAAAGCAUAUAUGGAAUGAGAGUAAAAACAAUAAUAUGUCACUUCACUUGAAAAUUAUUA